AUGCCCCUCGCUGUGGUCAUCCCCCUACAGGUUGACGCCUUCCAGCUCAACGAAGCCGUGAUCAACCAGGGUAAGGCCUUUAUCGCGCCCUUCUCACCCCCCGACUACUCCUCUCUUGAACCCGGCCCGCGCCUCCAACACGAUGCGAUCCCGCAUCUCAGUCUGCGUGCCUCGUUUCCAGCGAGCAUCAAUACCCGUCUGUCGGAUCUCGACACAGGAACGGCACGACAAGACCGGCUAGGCAUCUACCUGCACUGGACGGUGCCGAAGCCGUUUCGUGUCGGUGUCAUGGCGACUGAAAGUGCACAAGGAGCGGCACAUACUGACAAAAAGAAAGAGAGGGGAAUAUCUGGAGAUUCAGAAUUCACUGCACUUCCAGACAGAUGGGUCAUUAUCCGCCGUGUGGAUGAAAGUACCCCCACGCUUCGCACAGGAAAAUAUUUAGCAUUCGUCGUGGAAAGCAACCGGAUCCGUCGCCUGAACGUGAAUCCAACCGACCUGGCUGGUUUGGAUCUCGACACCGAAGCGGCCCCCUUUAUAGACCACAAGGGGACUCCUGAUGCACAGCAUGGAGUUCUCCUGGGCAUCAAGCACCGGUUAUCACAGUGGAGGGAGCAAUUAAAUGAUACGGAUAGUGCGAGUACGACUACAGAUUUCCAUCUGCCCCUGACACUCGCAGACUCGGCGAAUCCGUUGUUCACGGAUUUUCAGCACCACGGGAUGAAUGUUUUUGGCGUGCAUGAUGAUCUGACAUACUUCUCAGCAGAAAGUAAUAGUCUGUGCACGCUUGAGGCAGCGCAGAUUUCGUAUCAGGUUGUGGGAUACCAUGCUCUACGUCGCUAUGACCCCAUUGCGACCAGUUCUGAAGCUGCAAGCACAAAUCAAGAUCUUCUCUCGACACAUGGACUGUCAUUGGCUGUGAAGGAAAAGGCAGUGUCCAGAGACGAGAGAAAAGAAGAGGAAGAAGAAGAAGAGGAAGAAGAAGAAGAGGAGGAGGAGGAGGAGGAACAAGAAUGGUUAUCAGAUGAUUGUGGGAUGCUGCGCUCUCUCUGUCAUGGCACGGUAGAUCUCCGCUGGUCCCGUAAGAACAGACCGGCAAUAGUCCCCGCCGACAAGGCUGCCGAGGCGUUUAUACAGUCCCAUCCGGUAGCAAUUGGAGCAGAUCUGGUCGACGCGAUGGCUGCGAUCUUCGAGGCGCCGGCGAAGGAGACUCAGGCGGAUCCGGCGCUGGCAGCAGCGUUUCGGCAUCUGCAGGUCCUUGCAGCGGAUCCGGCAGAUGAAGGGAACGAUAACAGCAAGACGCAGCAGGGGAAGACUACGGGGUUCAAGCCGGUGCAUGGAGGACAUAUCUGGAAGGUGAGGAGUGAGGGCAAGAAUGAGCCCCAGGCAUCCAGUCAGGCUUCAACCAUAACACCUCAGGCAGCUCAGGCACCCCUUCUGCACCAGCUGAACGCUGCUCAGCGUCUUUUCGAUGCUGCCCAUCGACACUCUCGCCUCCUGCAGCAUCUGCUGUUCUGCGAGUGGUGGAAAGCCCGAGCAGCCGGAUUCGGUGAUAAAUCCGAUGGGGCUGGUGCUGCUGCGACUGUCGAUGAUGACGGCUUUGAGACCAUGGGGAGCUGGUAUCGGGAGCAUCUGCCUGAGACACGCACGCGAGUGAAAGAGAUCCUGACAGAAUUACUUAUAUUGCAUCUGAGAGAGAAAGAAGAAGAGUCCUCUGGUGGGACGGGGGAACAUAAACGGCCAGGACUUGUAAAGGCUCUUCAAGAUUUGAUAUCAUCGCUAAGCAAAGGGAACCCCGUUGAAAAGAUCGCGUCCAGUCGCUUCUUCAGGGCGCAAGACCCGAUGAUUCUCCUCUCGGAUAUGGAAUCCGGGUGGCCCGAGGACUCAGAGAAGGAUACGAUCCCCGUUCAGCUCAACACGCAGUUUUCACGGCGCCAGACAGCGUUAGCUGGCCAGGAUGACGCGUGGCAGCUGUUCCAGAAUGAGCUGAUUAACUUGCCUUCAUGGGUCCAUGCCUGUGUAGAUGACCUGCGGCACGGAUGGACAAAGCCUACAGGGUCUGGCGAUGAUGAUUCAGCACAAACAUGGUUCCCCCUGUUCAUCGAGUGGGAGGCUGAUUACUUCCAUAUCCCCUAUCAACACUGGAUUCUGGAAGAGACAUCUUCUGGGACUGUCCGCUACCGGAUCAACAAGAGUGUCGAUCUUGCCAGCGUGGCAGAGACAACUCGCCGCGGACUCAGCGGCAGGGGUAAUCUCCUUCCUGAGGGUGCGCGUGCAUUAACCACCCUGGUCGAGCAGGUAGUCAGCCGGUCGAGUCCCGAUCUGCUGGAGAAGAUCCUUCCCGGCGAGCAACGGAAGGCUGUGGACCAAGCGAUUGCAGGGCUAAGCAAUGUUCUCUGUGCUGAGCUGCAGGGGCUCGCCGACCAUCUGCUCACGCUUGUACGCGGAACACACGCGAUCCCGGGUCCGAACGCUGACAAAAAGGAAACAGCCUCGAGCUGGCUGUCAACCCUGUUCCCCCGGCUCUCUGUUCACGAUCAUUCGGCAGUGCUGCAGUUCCUUGCCGCGGGUUCCGGGACCGACGUCACCCCUUAUACAGCCUUGUUACCGGUCCAGGGUGUAUCCCGAGAAGGAGAAGAAGCAGACCUUGCCCUUUUUCACCCCGUUACGCAUGGGCAGGUCCGGUUCACGAAGUUGAAUAUCAUUGACAAGUUCGGCCAGGUGGUUUGUGCGUUUGACCCACGGCCUGGUCAACCGUUACGUCCGAUUUAUCCCAGCGUCAGUCAGGAACUGGCGUGCCAGCGCAACGAGACAUUACCGGGUCGAGCAUUUGCGAAUACAGUGCUUGCAGAACCUGAGGGCCGCUGUCAAUUCUUCCAGCUCGGCCCGCGCAUCAAUCAGGAUGCACGGUUCAAUGCAGUGUGGGUGACGAGGACAACCUUAUCCACGAAUGAUCGGGGCAAUACUUCCACUUCCUCCUCCUCCUCUUCCUCCUCCUGGAGGCCCUUGCUAGAAUGGGAGUCACCGAUCUGGGGGUGGGUGGUAUGUAACUUCCAGGACGAAAGUCUGCAGAUCUUGAACGGCGAGGGAGAGUUGUGCGGUGAGAUCCUCAUAUCGUCGAGUCUCUGGUUGAACGCGGGGGGCAACCUGGCCAAGACAACUCCGGAUACGACCAAUAAAGAUCUCGCAGCGUUCAUGGCCCGUUUGGCUGGCUCGACGGACUUCCUCGGCCGUGUGUGGGAGAUGGUCGUGGACGCCAACGAACAUAUCCAUCAUGCCCCCGGCGAGGCGGAUUCCCUCCCAGCGCUCAUCGGACGGCCUCUAGCGCUUGUCUCGAUGGGAUGGUCAUUGGAGCUGGCCACGCGGCCGAUGCCCGACCAGACCGAUUAUCCUGGCAGGGCUACUAAAUCUUUGCUGGAUUAUGAGUUUGCGUUGAAACUCGGGGAUCGGCACAGUCUGCACGACGGGCUGGUAGCGUAUACUCCACUGGAGGAGGACAAUUCCACUUUUGACUUUGGCAAAUUGUUCAGUGCAUAUGGAAACAAUCCAGCCAGUUCCUCUUCAGACUCAAUACUUCCAACACAGAACAUCUCCUUCCACCCCUACUGGAUCAACCCUACCGAUUAUAGCUCCUCGACGAGCGACGCCUUUGCUACCGCUCAUGCAGAAAAGCUGCAGAUAUACGCCGCUCUAAUCGAUCCGUUCCAAGGUGUCAACGGCUUCUCGGGGAUCCUGCCCACGGCCACGCUGACGGUGCCGCCCUGGGCGCUCGACCGGGCAGUCAAGGCCAUGAAGACCGUUCUCCGAGCUGGGCCGUUGUUGAUUCCGGGAGAUGUCAAUAGCACGGGAACCACUACUACUGGUACUGCGCCGGUGGCUCUACCGAUUGAUCCACCACCCGGGAGCUGGAUGUGGAUGCAACCUGUGGCCGACGGAACUGGAAAUGCAGUUAACCAAAUGUUUGGACUGACGGCGGCAUCCAAAGAGUUUGCCGUUGCCGAUGGGCUGCAGACGGUUGUGGAGGGGUUCAUGCGGACUAGUUAGAAUCAUUAGAAUUGGAUUCUUUUCCCUGUUCUACAAUAGGAUAGAGUAAGCAGGGUACAAUCGAUACAAUAUCCGGAUAAUUGCCUUGCUAAAUGCAUGAAUCUUCCAUGGGAUGGUUUUUGCAUCAUCUAGAUCGCCAGAUUAAUCUAAUCUUAUAAUUCACUCCUUCCGUUCACCCUAUACACAGUCUAUAUCUCUAAUUCUAACACUGUUCUAGCAAAGUCUAUCAUUUAGCUCUUCCAAGCGCAACCAUCAAUCACUCCU